CUUUUGGUUUCUUAACAAUUGUUUCGACAAUUGAUAUAUGAAUUGAAUGUCAGAUGUGAUAAGGAAUGAAAUAUAUAAUGUGGACAACACUCUAAACGGGGUGUUUUAGAUGGCUAUUCGGAUAUAAUGGCCAUUAGUGCUGACAAUUUGAUUUGUUGGACACAACAAGCAAUUCGUUUAUAUUUGUAUCGAUAAAAAUCUUUGUUACACAACUUCUCCAAUAUAAGUGAUGUUUGGCCUCAUAUCAGGCCAUCAAUGAGUUUUGAUGUCGAAAAAGGGCUAACGUUUUGCUGAAGCGCUCGCAUAACACGUCCUCUCAUUUGGAUUCCUUCACAACAUUUAACGCAAAAUUAGUUUAAUUAAAAUAAUGAGUUUUUCGCGACUAUUCGCUACACAAAAAUAUGCACAGCUCUUAUCAGCGCCAAAAUGUCGCAAAUACUUCUCCACUCAAGACCUGAUGUCAAACCAUAAUAAUUACGAAACGGAAUAUUACUCUUCGCCUCGAAAUCAGAGCGAAAUUAUCAGAAAUAUUGAGUUGAGAGGAAUGGCCGACGAUAUGAAGGAGUUGUUUGACGACAGCAUCCGAUCUAAUAGUCAACUACUCUCUGAUGCAAUUAUGAGAAACAUUGCGUCUAUGCCUAACAAAUUGGACCCAAUUUGGUAUGGCUCAGAGACUCCCGAUUAUAAGACAGUGGAGACAAUUGGAGAGAAACGAGUGUUUGAUUUUGAGCCCCAGAAAGCGGAAACAUUGCUUCAGAAGUUGGGUCUCAUAUACCUAUCGGACAGAAGUGUUGGCAAUUUGGGUGUCGUCGGCGGGAAAAACAGUUAUGCAUUUGUGGCCGAUUUGUGCCGUUUAGAGCAGGCGCUCAUCCGAUGGACGACAGCGACACUGAUUAAUGAAUACCACUUCACACCAGUAGUUGUGCCCCAAUUGUUAUACACAGACAUAAUCAAGUCGUGCGGAUUCAACCCUUCCGGUCAUCGCUCGCAAGUGUAUCGAUUGGCGGCCGACGAGAGGGUGUGUUUGAUCGGAACGGCCGAACAGCCAUUGGCCGCCUUCAACAUCGGCGAAACAUUUUCAUCGCAAGACUUACCCAAAAAGUACUGUUCAAUGAGCCGAUGCUAUCGCGCAGAGACCAAAAGCACUAAACAAAACUGGGGUCUCUUUCGAGUGCAUUAUUUCAAUAAAGUCGAAAUGUUUGCCAUCACUGAUGAAACACAAUCCCAGCAAAUGCUACACCAUUUGGUGGACAUCCAGAAGUCACUCUUCCAACGGCUGGCCAUAUGUUUCCGUAUCAUUGAUAUGCCUCCACACGAUUUGGGUCUUCCGGCCCACAGAAAGUUUGAUAUCGAGGCUUAUAUGCCAGGCCGUGAUGUUUGGGGAGAGAUCUCUUCGGCGUCCAAUUGUACGGACUAUCAGUCGAGACGUUUGAAUAUGAAAUACCGGACUCUGGAUCUGAACGAAGAGACGAACCAAGUGUUCAGCGAUAGGUUUGUGCACACGAUUAACGGCACGGCCUGUGCUGUGCCCCGAAUGUUGAUCACGAUUUGCGAGCAAAAUCAGACCAGCGAUGGAUUUAUAGCGAAACGAGACUUUUUAACCGGUGUUUCAAAUGAUCAUGAGUUGGCAUCGAGUGAUACAAACCAUAAAACUAACGAAACAAGUGAUAUAAUUGACAAGAAUUCAAAUAAUAAUGGUUUGGAUGAAAUCGACACCAAAAGCGAGACACAAGAGGCCGGCGACGAUGUGUUUGAGAAUCAGCUCAAGUAUUGUUCGUGUGAUUCGGAGUACGGAGAGGACGGCGACCCGGAGUUCGAGAUAAUGGGCGGCAAUCAGAUGUCACCGAACAGAAUGAGACAACUGGAGGACGAACAGGAGAUGUUGAACGGCUCGCUCAUGGCGUUGACCACACACUUCGCUCAGGUCCAGCUCCGGCUCAAACAGAUUGUCGACUCCAACGAUGACCAGAGGGAAGAGUUGCUGAAAGAGUUGGAACAGUUCGCCAAUCGUGGCAUUCCGGACAUAAGGCAACCGCAGAUUGAUUUAAUGGGCGACAAAGAAAAUGACGACCGGACGGUAACCGAAGAUACGUUAGAAUUGCAGCGAAUUAAGCAAAAAGAGUUGAUUGAGAAGCUUAAGGAUCAGUUGGAAGACCUCGAGAGUUAUGCUUACGAGACCGGAGACAUGGCGUCCAUACCGUCGUCUAUGCUUUUGGAGCGACAGACUGUGAUUAUCGAGCAAUUGAAGGGAAAAUUACCCUUAAAUUUGGACGAAUUGGACAAAUCCACGCCCGAAGAGCUUAGAAAGCAAGUGGACAGAGCUAUUCGUGAUUUAGUGAAUCCCGUUAUAAUGAAGGAACAAUUGGUCGGACAAUUGAAGACACAAAUCACUGAUUUGGAGAGAUUUAUACAAUUUCUUCAGGGUGAGGAGCACUCGAACUGUACGUGCGAUUGUCCACUCCAUGGUAAUAGUCAACAGUCUGUCGAACCCUUUAGUAAACUAAAGGCCGAAGAAAUGCAGAGACGAAGAACUGAUAGGAAUAAGAAGAGCAAAGAGAGUAAUGAAACGGCAAUUAAAAUGAUUAGAAGAGCUCUCACUAUAUUACAAGUCUUCACAUUCGCUCAGUUCGGAUGCGGUAACAUAAAUCCACAUUUUGAACGAAACACACUUAAGAAAUCAUCGAAAGGCAACCAUUGGGGAGAUCUUAGAGCGCGACUCGAGAUAGCGAUCGAUCGUAUACUUGAUAUACACCACGAAAAGCAUUCAAACGAUUCCGACUAUACCUCCGAUUCGGACGAAACGCCCACCAGUUUGUUGUGUAAUGAAAGGAUAAUAUCGGCCGUCCGUAAAGACCUGUCGGCGGCGCUCAGAGAUCUCCUACAACACGGCCUCUCAGGCAACGUAACCGAUCGGCUGAACGACGGCUCGUCGGCGUCUCUAUUGAAUUGGGGCUGUUUUUCCACGCGUUCUCAUCUCGUGCCGCGUCCUCUUCACGCCUGGGAUAUUGUCCUUAAAUACUAUGAGCUUAAGAACGGAAUCAAAUACAACUCAUGUCCGGCGCGAAGACUCUCGCAGUCAUUCAACUUACAAAUAGUGGGCGGACUGGCCAUCACUCCGAAGCAGACACUACUUUCAUGCAUUGACGACAUCAUUGAAUCCCAUACUAGACUCAAACGAAGUCUUGAUUCACACUUUAAGGCAUUCGUUUGCACAGCACUUAAUGAAGGAAAACUGUGUCAAUGGCUUAAACUGAUAGUAAAAAGUCGUACAAUAAUAGACAUGUAUUACGACAACUGGUCGUAUCUGAUGUCCACGGGUUUUGAUGACGCGUUGCGCUCAUUAGACAAGUUAUCUGUCGUUAGGUUUCAUUUGCCGAUAGAUCUGGCGGUCAGACAACUCCAGAAUAUUCACGACGCCUUCUAAGGCAGUGAUUCAUAUUAUAAUGACAUCUAAUUAAGUAAUUAAUUGUAAAUUUGAAUCCAAUUCUGAUUCCU